AUGGUGAGCCCGCGGGUCCUGCGUAGACUGCCCAGCCCCCUGCCGCUGCUACCCUUCUGCCUUCUGUGUUUGGGGGCGUCAGGGCAGCCCGACGAGAAGGUGGCGUCCAUCCAGGGAGUGAGGGGUGGCUCUGUGGAGCUGGCCUGUGGCUCCCCACCUGCCCCCCUGGUGGUCUUCUGGAGCUUCGCCCCCCUGGGCUCGCUAAUCCCCCGGCCUGUGGCUGUCGCCAAUGGAGCAGAGGUCAAGGUGGAGGCUGGGGCCUCGGUUCUGGGGACCGUGAGCCUGCGGAACAGCAGCCUGGUGCUGGGGGAGCUGCGCGAGGGGGCCCGCGGCCACUUCCUAUGCCAGGCCCUGCAGGCGUCCGGAGGCCGGCUGCACACCACCUACUCCCACUUCAGCCUGGCCGUGCUCGUGCCUGUAUCGAAGCCUCAGGUGCAGCUGAGUCAGCCGUCCCCAGUGGAGGGGACAUCUGUGCUGGCCACGUGCAAAGUGCGGGAGGGCACGGAGCCUGUGACCUUUGCUUGGAAGCAUCAGGCACCCGGAGGCCCUGGGGAGGCCCUGGUGGGGGUCACAGAGCAACUGCUGCCACUGGACCCCGUUAAUCGGACACACUUGGGCUGGUACGUGUGCAGUGCCCGCAAUGCCGUCAACCAGCUGAGCAGUGACGCCGCCUUCCUGGAUGUCAUCUAUGGUCCAGACGAUCCUGUGAUCACUGUGGAGCCGCCGGGCUUCACCGACGAGGGCUUCUGGGCCAGUGAGAGGGAGGAGGUGACUCUGAGCUGCCGGGCCGCGUCCAAUCCCCCCAGUCGCUAUGUGUGGCUGCGUGAGCACACCCAGGUCCACGCUGGGCCCACCUACACCAUCGUCAGCGCCAGCCCCACCCACACGGGCCUGUACACCUGCCUGGCCCACAACAGCCGCCUGGACGCCCACACACAGGCUGCCGUCCGGCUCACCAUCUACUACCCCCCCGAGGGGCAGCCCUCCUGUGCAGUGCUCCCCACCCCUGGGGCCGUGACUUUGGUCUGCACCUGGCCCGGGGGGCUUCCAGCUGCCCAGCUGCAGUGGGAAGGGCCCCAGGGAACGGGCCCUACUGCCCUCAGCAAUGUCACCUGGAGCCACGCAGCCACCCAGCUGCCCAAUGGCAGCGCCUUCACCUGCACUGGCCAGCACCCGGCCCUGGCGCCGCCCGCCCUCUGCAGGAUCGCACUGCGGGAACCUCUCCAGAGCCCUGCUUGCUGGACCACGUCCACAGCUGGAGACCAGUUCAUCAUGCUGAGCUGUGAGUGGGCUGGGGGCGAGCCCCCCGCCCUGCUGAGCUGGCUGGAUGCACAGCAGCGGCCCCUGGGCGGCAGCGGCUCCUCGCGGGCCAUCCACCGCCUGCGGGCCCGGGAAGACCUGGCGGGCACAGAGUUCAGCUGCCAGGGCGCUCACCCGCUCAGGGCCCCCGGCCCCCGCUGCCGGCUCCGGCUGGAAGCCCCACAACUGGCAGUGGCUAAGCCCUGGGUGUCAGUCCUGGAGGGGGAAGAGGCCUUGCUGGUGUGCACCCUCCAGGGGGGCACGCCACCUGCCCGCCUCCUCUGGCUGGGACCCCAGGGACAGCCGGUGGAACCGGGCACUUCCGGAUUCACGCUGCACCUGGAGGGGGCCCAGCUCCACCUUAGCAUCCGAGGGGCAGACCCAGCUCGCCACAGGGGCGCCUACCAGUGUGUGGCCCGCAACGCCUUGGGCAGCCGCAGCCGCAGCGUCCUGCUGGAGGUCCUGAGGUAUCCGGCCCCGCCCAACGUUACCAUCAGCCGCCUGACCUACGGGAGGCACCGGAGGGAGGUGCAGCUGCAGUGGGCCCUCAAGGGCCCUGGGAACCUGACGGGCUUCCUGGUGCAGCGACGGCCCAGUGUCGCAGGCCCGGGCGCUGGAGCCUGGGAGACCGCCGCUGGUGACAUCGGGCCCGAGAGCAGAACCCAGCGGCUGGGGGGCUUGGACCCGGGGGUGCUUUACGCCUUCCGCAUGCUGGCUCUGAACCACCGCACAGCCGGACACCCCUCUGAGGUGAAGAUACCAGCCGACCCCGCGUUCAGCACCUACCCAGCCGUGCUGGGUGCCGCAGGCACAGGGAUGUUGGUGGCAACGGUGGCCUCUUUGCUGGUGUUCCAGUACGCUGCCCGGCACCCGGAUGCUUGCCCCCGCCUGGGCCAGCUGCUCGCUCCCAUGGAGCAAAGCCACCCACACAGGGAGUCAAUGGAAGGCCCAGAGGCACUGGCAGGCACUGAAACGCCCCCCGCCACGCCAGGUUCGGACCCUGCACAAGAGCCCGCGGAUGCCCCCGUCCACGUCACCAUCACAGUGACUGCGACACCGUGA